AUGACAACUAAAUUAAACGAAAAGAAGAUAACACCCAUGCCUCCAGAAAUUGAGGCAUUAAGAUUAGCUGCUCUUUCAACGAGAAACCCCAGAAAAGAUAAGUCAAAAGCCGAAGAGAGUGCGACUCAAUACGAUUUUCCUGUUGCAAAUGUAUCCAGCGCAACAAAUUCGCCUAUCAUGCAACCAACAUCUGUGAAUCAAGCUACUGUUGAGGACGUCAUUAUUGAAGACGAUAACAUUUCUGAAAGAGAGGAAGGCGAAUUAAGCGAUUCAGAUUCAAUAAACGGUUGCAAUGAACCUAUCAAUGAAAGUGGGUUUCAACAUAAAGGUGAGGAAACCACUGUACUAAUGGUUAACACCAUAGAUCAACAACAGUCCUAUCAACAGCCCUGUCUAGAUUCAAAAUAUGCUGAAGAAGAAUUAACAAGAAAAUUGUUAUCUGAUUUAUACCGGUUGUCUGCUACACCUGAUGACAUAAUUGAGGCAGGAAUUCCUGUGGACGUUGUUAUCAGGUUUUCUCGUGAGAUAAAUUAUCCGUUACCUGCACAUCUUGCCGUAUUUAGUAUCCCUGUUCGUAAAACAUUAACACCCACGAGUUCAAAUAUGGUGGUUAAUUCAACAUUACCUUCGUUUCAGCAAAGUAAGUCAAAUUCUUUGAUUUCCAACGAUCAAGGAGUUUAUCCUCCAACAACAUAUCCGAUUGAUCAAAACGCGACAUUCUAUUCACAAUCGGCAUCAUCACAACGAGACCAACCUGUUGAAUCUACAAUUUCAGGAUUUUCUUCGAUACAAUAUACAACAGCGCAACCAUCAUUAGUUACCCCAUCAUCACCUAAAGAUGCUUAUGCUUCAAGAAUAUCAUUAAAUUCAAACAUUAAUACUAUUAAUUCGACUCAACGUCCGAUUUCUUCACCAAAGUCUCAGAGUGGUUCAAUUGUUUCUAAUCAUCAAAAACCAUUUUUAGCCACUCGUGAGACAAAUUAUGUCAUCGAUUUAAGCGAUGAAUCCGACAAUGAACGUAUUACUGGAUUAAUUAAACAAGUUAAAUCGACUUUUAAAAAGGAUAUUUGUGCAGAUUCUAAAUUAGAAACUGAAGAUGAAAAUAAAGCACAAUCGGAAGCAAAAAAAAAGUUGGAGGAAAAGGAACGUGAGAUUAAACGCAUGAAUGAAUUAAUAAGUAAGAUGGAAAGUCAAAAGAAACAAAAUACCUCUACAUUAAUUUCACAUGAUCAGGUUGGCCCGAACUCUAGUGUUACAGCACUACAAGAUAAAGUUGUUUCAAAUUCUAAUGCCACAAACACUAAAGUGCAAAUGGGUCCUGGUCCAGGUAUCGAACCACCUCCAGACAUUGCAAUAAUUAGAGCAGAAUUAGAAGUGUUUGAGGCAGCCAAAGCCAGUCUUAAUGAAAUACGAUCUAAGGUUGAAGUUGAGGAGAGAGAACUCUCUAAUAUUCGAUCUCGUAUUAAAGAUCAAGAACGGCUCGAAAGCGAUUAUGAAAAAAUGCAACUUGAUUUUAAUGCACAACGUGAAGAGUUAAUAAAAAGUCGGAAGGCUUUAGAAGUCAGGAAAGCGUUGAUAGAAUCUCAACUCGCUGAUAUUAGUCAUCAAAUAGAAGAUAAUAAUUCAUCAAUUACUGGUAAAGAGGCAGAGAUUGAAAAUGCUUUGAGUGAAAAGGCUAAAUCCAUUACGAGGAAAGCGGAAUUGGCUGGAAACGAGAAGACAGUAUCUGAAAAUAUGAUACAACUUAAAAAACAACUUUCGGCUGUUCAUAAAACUAUAGUGGCCAAAAAAGAAUUACUCUUAAAAUUGACCGGAAAAUCAUCGGUAAAGCCUAAAAAUGAGGCACAGGCCAGUUCGUCUACGGUUAAUCGUUCAGAGUUAAAUUCCACUGGUAAACGCACCGUGUCUCCUGAAGAUUCUACUUUAAGAGCAGUAGCUAAAAAAGCAAAACUAACAUCGAGCGUAUCCGAAGUUGCACAAUUGUCUAAGCGAAUGGAAAAGGUUAGCAAGGAGCAUCAAGAAUUGUUGCAAAGUUUAACUUUGUUAAAUAAGCGUAAAGGGAAAAAGGUCAUUACUUCACCGACCUCUAAUGCAAACGCAUUUGAGACUGAUGUUGAAAUGUUAUAUAGUAAUAACGGUUCGUUGUUCGAUUCCGCUAAAAGCAAUGUUAAAGAGCCCGAAUCUUUAAAUUCUGAAAAUGCCGAAUUAGUAGAUGCUAACGAUUCUUAUACGAAGAACGCUGAUACUCAGUCACAAGGACAGAGUGAUUCAUCCUUUGUACCUUACGAUAGCAUACUUAAGGAAUUUCGGUCAUAUAGAUUUCAUCCACGUUACAAACAAGAAAUCAGAAAAAAUAGCUAUAAAUCAAUUAAAUAUAGUCGUAACUAUAAUGUUGAUCGUAAGAUGUGUGUGUUUGAGUCCCAAAACCGUGGUCGUUGUAAUGAUGAUGAGUGUACAUCACAACAUUGGCGAGACUUUCAGAUGAGCGACGAAGAAUUGAUUUCUGAUAUGGCUUCGUAUUAUGAAGGACGUACUCCUGUUGAACAACAGGAAUAUCGUUCCGGUUUAGAAGCAUUACUUAACAAACUUCGUGUGGAAGGGAAAACUAAUGUUGACGAAAUUAUUGAUGCUAUUGUUAUUUAUCGGCAAGAGUUUGUUUCUAAUCAUCCAAUUGACAGUUUUGAAGCUCCUCGCAUAGUAUUCUUUAAUAAGAAGAAACCGUUAGGUCAAGGAAUCGAUAAUGAAGAAACUUCAUCAGCCUAUGACACUGGUUACGUAUCUGAAUCUUUACCUACACCGGAAAUUUCUGGAAACGAACAGGCUAUGUAUCAAUCAGAUGAAGAAGAUUCAGAGAGUGAUGAUAAUAUACAGACAGAUUCGGAAGAUAUUCGCGAACCUUUAUAUGAAAUGCAACAAGACACAGUAGAAGAUUUGAGAAAUAUAGACGUAAAUUAUUCUCAGAAUCAAUAUCAUAUUUCACAGGAUUCAUCUGAAUUAAGUUCUGAUGAGCACGAAAGUAGUGAUAGUGACGAAUCGCAAGAUGGAGGUGCAAUACAGGAUGAACAUAUGUAUGUAGAUGGUGAAUCUUCUUUUUCACCAUUACAUAUUGGAUCACCUUCUCAACAAGGUGAAGAGAUGCCAGAAUCACAAGGAUCUCAAACCAAUAAUGAGUCUUCUACUGGAUUUAGGUUUAUGGGUGCAAUUUAUAACUGGUUUAAUAAAUAG